GUGGUCAUUUUUUAGGACAGCAUAUCUCAAAGCAAAGGAAGGGAAAGCAAACAGGUCAUUGCAAGCAGUGAAUAUGAGCAAACACGACGACGCAGUUUUGACAGAGAUCCGCUAUACCGCGAGAGAUGCUCGGCACGAGUACGAGAAGCCGUAUGAGAUGAGAUAUGACACUGGUGGGGUGAUUCCCACUACCAACACUACGCACGAGAGCCACACUGUUACCAUUCUGAAUUUCAGAUCAUUCCAGAAUGAACACAACUUCAGCGAUUAUGGAUUUGCGGUGGAGAAGAUGGGAACUAUCAUGACAGACGAGGUGUUCGGGAAUCGGAAACUCAUUCAGGAAGUCUACUAUCCUGUGCUAGAGAAACUCCUCUGGCAGCAAUUUCCUAGUGCUGCGGAGGUCCGCAUAUUGGAAUACAAUCUUCGAAGCAGACACAUACAGUACCCUCAUUUUAACCACAAGGUUGAGCUCGAGUUUUCGCAGCCUGCAACACUCGCUCAUAUUGAUUACUCGUUGGAGUCCGCAAUCAGGAACGCGUGCGCAGUGUUCAAAACACCACGAGAAAGCCUCAAACGCGUGCUAACGGUGAACUUUUGGAAGUCGUUUCAACCAGGAAAUGAUUGGCCUCUCGCCUUAUGCGACGCCCGUUCUCUCAACCAUGACACAGACACUAUCGAUGUUGACAUAGUCUAUCACGAUCGUUAUACUGAGAACGAGACCAUGUAUUACGACCCAGGACACGAUUGGUAUUAUGUCAAGGACCUCGGAGAGGAUGAAAUCUUGAUGUUCGUGCAGAAAGACACUGAUAAGCCCGGAGGUGGGGGCGUAGCGCACACAAGCUUCUAUAACCCCUUGGCUAAAGAAGAUGCUCCACCGCGGAUGAGCAUCGAGAUUAGAGCUUAUGUUGCAUUCAAGUAGAGCAGUUGGGAAACAAUACAUGCCGUGCUCCGCGCUCAUUGUAAGGGUGUAGAGUGGAGUACAAACAUGAUAUCUGAACAAAGAGAGAUAAACAUUACACUAGGAGAUUGAGUAUCAUUCAUCAAG